UUCAAAAUCUCAAAUCCAAUCACAGUAGGUGAUUUGGGAUGUACUUCCUUGCGUCCGGGAGUCUACAGCGUAGCUGGUUAACCCGUGUGAUCCACCGGGAGUGCGGCAGAAGGUAUGAUCCAUACCCCUGACUAAAGUACCAGAGAUUGGUGAAUUAUAAAAAGCGUGCAGUACUCCCCCGUGAUGUCAAGGCACAGUUAUGUCAUUAUCCAUCUUCCCUGUUUUAUCACAUUCGAUUCUUCUUUAGUUGUCAUUGAAAUUGAGUUAUGCGCAGCGUCAACAAGCAAGUACGUCGUGUGGACGUGCUCAUAGUGGGAGGAGGUCCAGUAGGUCUCUUAACUGCCUUCCAGCUAGCAAAGUUUGGUCACUCUCGUUCCAUUGCUAUCAUUGAAAAGCAUCCCAAGUCCUCCCAAGACCAGUAUGGCCGAGCAAUCACUCUCUACCCGCGCUCUAGCGAGAUUUUAGAUCAACUUGGGCUAGCAGAUGAACUCGCCCAGGAAUGUUUUGCUUGCAGGAACACCGUCAGUUAUGACAAAGCAGGGAAAGUCGUUGCCGGCCGAGGAUGGUAUUUCAUGGAAAAUAUGAAGGAUACGCAGUGGGAUUUUGCCCUUGUGUUGAGACAGAAGUAUCAGGAAGAGAUCUUCAGACGGAGCCUGAGGGAGUUGGGGGUGGACUUGGAAACCCCCGUGGAACUGAUUCAAGCUCAUGUUGAUGAAUCGGUGCCACAAGGUGGCUAUAAAAUCACUGCUGUGACUAAAAAUGGUAUCACAGGAGAAGAAGAAACCAUCAUGUGCAAAUACCUUGUUGGAGCUGAUGGGGGAAGAUCUUUCGUCAGAAGAACGUUGGAUAUUCCCUUUGAUGGAAGCACAACAGAGGAUAAAUGGGUGAGGAUUGAUGGCAUAAUUGAGACAAACAUGCCAAAACCUCGAGUUUACGGUUCCAUAGAAUCGCCAACGCAUGGGAACGUCUUAUGGGCUGCAUUGGACCAUGGAGCCACUCGAAUCGGAUUCGCGUUUACUGCUGAGCGGCAAAACGCAUACCCGGAGUUCAACGAAGCUGCUGCGGUUGCUGAAGCAAUAGAGUCGGUGAAGCCUUUUAGUCUGCAAGUCAAGCAGGUUGACUGGUUUACCAUCUACUCUGUUGGGCAAAGAGUUGCAAGGAAAUUCUUCACUAAGGAUUGCGUGAUUCUUGCUGGAGAUGCAAGUCACACGCAUAGUUCCGGUGCAGCGCAAGGGAUGAAUACCGGGAUACACGACGCUAGCAAUCUGGGGUGGAAAUUGUCUAUGGUUCUCGAUGGAUUGACACCCCCGUCUCUCCUCGAUACAUAUGAAAGCGAACGACUACCAAACGUUCAGAAGCUCAUCAACUACGACAAAGAUAUAUCGAGGUUAAUGACAAUGCAACUUCCGAUUGGCUGGAAGGGAGGUAAAAAUGCAGAUCCGAAUGAAAUACUGGGAAACGUAAUGGAAAAAGCGUCGACCUUUACGUCAGGCUUGAGUAUCGCUUUCGACCUCAACGUUCUGAAUGUGAAGGGGUCCUUUGAAUCGAGCUCCAAGCCCGCACCUGUAUCACCAGGUCAGCGAGGGCCAGACGUCCAGCUACAGAAGCCAGGAACGAGAGAAGGAACGAGGUUACAUAAGGAAGCACCCAACAAUGCCAGAUUUCAUGUUGUGGUAUUUGCUGGAGAGCCAGAUUAUACUUCAACGUCGCUGAAAAGUUUCUCAGACUCUCUUGAGGGCUCAAAAGUCUUCUCGAAUGCUCGAUUACCAAUAUCUUGGCUCACAAUUCCUGCGAAAAGUGCACCGUCAGCGUUUGAGCUACUCGGGAUUAUGCCUUUUGGAAAAGUAUUUUAUGAUGAAAAGCAAACCGCUCAUAACAGGUACGGUGUUGACAUUAAGCGAGGUGGGGUGAUGGUUCUUCGACCUGAUGGGUGGGUUGGCACAUCGACAGGCUUGACAGAUGGUGCUGUUGUGGAAUUGGAAGUGUAUUUCAAGAGCGUGCUCUUGAUAAAUUCAUGAACGUUGCGCAAAAGAACAUUAUCGGUCGGUAUGUUGUUUCUGGAUUGGGCGCCAAUAUCUAUCUCUCUACGACUUCACCAUAAACUUGCACCUACCAUGAACAGUACGAUAUCUCCGAC